UGCCACAUGUGGCAUUGGGCCACCCGAAGAGAAGACGAUAUCUCCAAAUUGUUGGAGAAAACGACGGGUGAUGAGCCGUCCAUUGGAUAGUCGGAUGCUUCGUACCCCGCCAUCCCACCACCCAGCUAGGCCAACAAGACGGCCUUUACCCCGCCAUCGGAACGUUGAGUAUGUCACUGGAUGAAUGGGUGACCACGUCAAGUAGACGGUCAUCGGGAUACAUGCACUCGUCUCCGAGUUUGUGACCAAGCGACCGAGCUGCGCUCCCAUGGUCAUCUGUCGAGCUAUUAGUCAAUCGGCUGUCUGCACUGUUGGAUGAAUGGUUCCUAUCAUCAGACUACUGCAAGAUCCCCGCACUGCGUCUUAGCCGCCCGUUGAAAGUCUAGAUAAGCCCGACCUCAGCCACUGAUAUCAAGAAAGUGCAGUCUUCCAAAGGCUUCUCAUCUCACUAUAGCUUCCAUUCUCGAUACCGAAAGUGGACAGGUUGGACUUCACGCACUAUGGCUCCUCAUCCUUUGACUGCGUUGUCUGGAGACGAGUUUACAGCGGCAAGAGACAUUGUUGUCAAGCUCUUUGACCAAAAGGUUUCGCUCUUCUUCAGAUGUAUCUUCCUGCAAGAGCCUAAGAAGGAGGAGCUCGUGCCGUAUCUUCAGGCAGAGCAUGCGGGAAAACUCACAGACGAGACACCUCGGCCACCGCGCCGAGCAAGGGUUCAAUACGAUGUUAUCAGAAGCGGCAAGAGGCCCGAGUAUACCCAAUCUGUGGUAGAUCUCAAGACCGGCCGCGAGCUUGAAAGAACCGUGGCCGCGCCGCAGUAUCAAACGAGCUAUACCCCCGAUGAGUUUGGAAUCUUCCAAGACGCCUGUGUGGCAUCUCAAUUGUUCAAAGACGCCAUGGCCGAGUUCUCUCUUCCGAAAAACUUCACCGUCACAAUCGAUCCCUGGCCUUACGGCGGUCCGGACGAGGACGAAGGGGACAUUGCCCGCCUGAUGCAGGGCCUCGUCUUCGCACGCGACGCCUCCAAGAACAACGUCGACUCGAACCAUUACGCCUACCCGAUCCCGAUCAUCCCCGUCAUGGAUAUAGCCACCCGCAAGAUCCUCCGCGUCGACCGCCUCGCCACCGGCGCCGCGGGUGACGGCCUCGCUCCCCAACCGCGCGCCGCGGAACCAAAGUCCCUCUUCUCCAACAACAUUUCCUCCGAGUAUGUCCCAGAGCUCCUCGAGAUCCCGCAGCGCGAGGACCUGAAGCCCAUCAACAUCACCCAGCCCGAGGGCGCCUCCUUUGCCAUCCAGCCGGACAACCUCGUCGAGUGGCAAAAGUGGCGGUUCCGCCUCGGCUUCACACCCCGCGAGGGCGCUGUACUACACGAUCUCUGCUACGAUAACCGCCCCGUGCUGUAUCGUCUAAGCUACAGCGAGCUGACAGUGCCCUACGGUGACCCUCGUCCGCCCUAUCAGCGCAAGCAGGCCUUUGACCUCGGCGACGGAGGCUUCGGCCGCGUGGCAAACAACCUCGAGCUCGGAUGCGACUGCCUCGGCGCGAUCCACUACUUUGACGCCCUGAUGGCCGACACAGAGGGGAACCCGACGGUGGCGAAGGCCGUGGUCUGUCUCCACGAGCAGGACAAUGGGAUCGGGUGGAAGCACACCAACUUCCGCACGAACCGGGCUGUGGUCACGAGGCUGCGGGAGCUCGUUGUGCAGUGCGUCGUCACGCUGGCCAACUACGAGUACGUGUUUGCGUACAAGCUCGACACCGCGGGCGGGAUCACGCUCGAGACGCGGGCGACGGGGAUCAUGUCUGUUGUGGCGGUCGACGAGGGCAAAAAGGAGUCUGCGUACGGCGCCGUCGUCGCGCCGGGCGUGCUGGCGCAGAAUCAUCAGCAUAUUUUUGCCGUUAGGAUCGAUCCCGCGGUGGACUCAUAUGCCGAUGGGGAUACGCGUGUCCUUGUGGAGGAGAGCGUGCCUGUGCCGUUGAACAAGGAGACGAACCCGUACGGAAACUAUUACGAGAUUCGGAAGCAGGUUGUCGAGAGGGCGUGCUGGAUCGAUGCGGAACCGAAACUGAACAGGGUGAUCAAGUUUGAGAACCGAACGAAGAAGAAUGCCAUGUCUGGGAGGAACGUCGGGUUCAAACUUACGCCGUCUGCGUCACAGCUGUUGCUGGCGGACGAGACGAGCCAGGUGUCGAAGCGGGCCAAGUAUGCGAGGCAUCAUGUCUGGGUUACGGGACACCGCGAUGACGAGCUGUGGGCGGCUGGGGAGUAUACGAACCAGAGUCGGGAGGAGGUUGGUGGGGUGUGGGAUAUGGUUCAGCGGGGGGACUGGUUUGAGGACGAGCGUGGGGCGAAUGGGGAUGGCGGUGGUUGUGAUGAGGGCAGGAAGAGUAGUCCUGUCGUCUGGAGUGUGUUUGGGUUGACGCAUAACCCUCGGGUGGAGGAUUGGCCUGUGAUGCCCGUCGAGAUCCACCAUCUCACCAUCCGGCCAGCAGACUUCUUCACCUCGAACCCAGCGCUCGAUAUGCCCACCAACAAGAACGAGACAAGUGUUAUUGUUCCAUGUUGCGGAGGACAGGAGACGAACGGUGAUAGCAAGGAAGGAGGGCAGGCGGUGCAGGAGGCUGCUUUGACGCAUCUUCAGGGGCCUGGGCCGGAUGUUUCUGCUGCGGAGGCUGGGGCGCAUACUGAGAGGUGAGACUAGAUGAUAGCCUAGAGAAGCGGCAGUUAAUGACUGGCUCUGAGGUGAGAAUUAUCUCCUAUUAUUUGGUACCUUUCAGAAAACAUGGGUCACUUUUACCACGGUGCAAGAUGUAAAAGAAUUGCAGAA